AAAAAAAAAAAAAACUGUAUACUAAUUUCGCAAGGGUCUGCGUCAACAUCGUCAUCAUCGCUGCUGCUGCGUCAACGCUAACCGUCGCUCCGCUGCUACGUCAACUUUAUAUCGACGGUACAUCCACUGCUGCUGACACUUCGUGGGAAUGAGCUGCAAUUGCAUCGUUUGCAAAAGGGAAGUGAACGCAGGCAAACCGCCGACGCAUUCACAACAGGUUCAUUGGUCGCCGAGGGAUGCCACAGACGAUACACAGCGACAACGCAACCAACUUCGUCGGCGCCGAUCGCAAGUUGCGCGAACUCAAAGAGGCGUUUCUGUCCCAGUCUCCGGAAGUAAUGGAAUUCGCCGCCGAAGAAGGGUUCAAAUUCGCCUUUAUACCACCGAGGGCGCCGCACUUCGGCGGGUUAUGGGAGGCGGCAGUGAAGUCCGCCAAACACCUCGCCGUACGCGCAAUGGGCAACGUGCUGCUCACCGCCGAAGAGUUAGCAACACUGCUGGCCGAAGUGGAGGCCAUCCUCAACUCGCGGCCCCUCGCACCGUUGAGCCAGGAUCCCAACGACGGCGAAGCAUUGACUCCAGCACACCUACUAAUAGGGUGCUCCCUCCGAGCCUUACCACCGGCACAAGUGUCAACGGACCCAAUUCGCUAUUGCGAGAGAUGGCAACUUGUUUGCUGUCUCAAGCAACAGUUUUGGCGACAGUGGUCCAAAACGUACAUUACCAGUCUUCAGGAGCGCAACAAAUGGCUGCACCCGAAACGCAACCUGCAGCCCGGCGAUCUCGUCCUCGUCCACGAAGACAACACGCCACCGCAGCAGUGGGCACUAGGACGAAUCGCCGCAACCGUAGAAGGACGAGACGGAAAGGUGCGAGUGGCAGACGUAGUAACCAAGGCAGGCACCAUUAAGCGCCCUAUUCACAAGCUAGCCCUGCUGCCUAUCGAAGUUGAAGGAUCAUAAUCCUGUCAAGGUGGCCGGUGUUGCGUCAAGCGACUUUAUCCGUCUAAAAAUAAUGGUUUAAAAAGAAAUUUGUAAAAUUAAUUAAAGAAUCU